UGCGAUUACAGCGCUCUUUUUAUAUCACAAUCGGGAGUUCUGUCCAAAAAUACCAAUGCACAGAAAUCAACCAGACCAGCAGCUGUCCGGCAGCACCCUCGAAACACUCUCCCAAAUACGCGUCACCGUCAUGAACAAUGAAUCAGCUGACGAGCAAGUCCUCCAGCAGCGCGUUGACCGCCUAGUCAGAGGAUAUUCAGAGAUGCAUGAUAUGAAAGAUAGACUGAACAUUAGUGUCCCUGAAGAAGUCCUGGCAUACAUUAAGGAUGACAGGAAUCCUGACGAGUUUACCAGCCAGUUCAUGGAGAGGGUGGCCUCUGAGAACCAGUUUACUAACGGGAAAAUUUCUGCAUUGACAAACUUUAAGCAGGAGUACGAGAAGAAGCUGAGGGAGUUCUUCCCGGAGGAAGCUGCCGAGCGACUUGGUCAGGACCAGAACGCGCAGGCCAGUGUCCCCAGGCCAUGAAGAGACAGCACAACAGUUUAGUGACAAGGCCCAGCGAGAUUCUGCCUUUGACAGUAAAAGCAGGUCAGUUUUAACGUUCAGCUGUGGUGCCAACAACCCAAACAAAAAGAAAACUAAGUGCCAAGAUGGGUGGGAAUAGCGUGAUAAUAAAAUCAGAGAAUGUUCCCAACCUUUUCUUUUUUUUGACUAUUUUACUUUCUUUUUUCUUC